CUGGGAAUGCUAAAACGGGACUGAUGGACGUGUCCGAACUCUGCAUCCCGGACCCCCUCGGCUACCACAACCAGUUGCUGAACCGAAUGUCGUCCGAAGACAGGCACCUGGGCUCUAGCUGCGGCUCCUUCAUCAAGACGGAGCCAUCUAGCCCAUCCUCGGGCAUUGAUGCCCUCAGCCACCACAGCCCCAGCGGCUCGUCCGACGCCAGCGGUGGCUUUGGCAUGGCCCUGGGCACCCACGCCAACGGUCUGGACUCUCCGCCUAUGUUCGCAGGUGCGGGGCUGGGAGGCAACCCGUGCCGCAAGAGCUACGAGGACUGUACUAGCGGUAUCAUGGAGGACUCGGCCAUCAAGUGCGAGUACAUGCUUAACGCCAUCCCCAAGCGCCUGUGCCUCGUGUGCGGGGACAUUGCUUCUGGCUACCACUAUGGAGUGGCCUCCUGCGAGGCUUGCAAGGCGUUCUUCAAGAGAACCAUUCAAGGAAACAUCGAAUACAGCUGCCCUGCCACCAACGAGUGUGAGAUCACCAAACGGAGGCGCAAGUCCUGUCAGGCCUGCCGGUUUAUGAAAUGCCUCAAAGUGGGGAUGCUGAAGGAAGGCGUGCGCCUUGACCGGGUGCGAGGAGGCCGCCAGAAGUACAAGAGACGGCUGGAUUCGGAGAACAGCCCCUACCUGAGCUUACAGAUUUCCCCGCCUGCUAAAAAGCCAUUGACUAAGAUUGUCUCGUAUCUACUGGUGGCCGAGCCGGACAAGCUGUACGCUAUGCCUCCCGACGAUGUGCCUGAAGGGGAUAUCAAGGCCCUGACCACUCUCUGUGACUUGGCAGAUCGGGAGCUUGUGUUCCUCAUUAGCUGGGCCAAGCACAUCCCAGGUUUCUCCAAUCUGACACUCGGGGACCAGAUGAGCCUGCUGCAGAGUGCCUGGAUGGAGAUCCUCAUCCUGGGCAUCGUGUACCGCUCGCUUCCCUACGAUGACAAGCUGGCAUACGCGGAGGACUAUAUCAUGGAUGAGGAACACUCUCGCCUGGUGGGGCUGCUGGAGCUUUACCGAGCCAUCCUGCAGCUCGUACGCAGGUACAAGAAGCUCAAGGUGGAGAAGGAAGAGUUUGUGAUGCUCAAAGCCCUGGCCCUCGCCAACUCAGAUUCAAUGUACAUCGAGAACCUGGAGGCUGUGCAGAAGCUUCAGGACCUGCUGCACGAGGCGCUGCAGGACUAUGAGCUGAGCCAGCGCCACGAGGAGCCACGGAGGGCGGGCAAGCUGCUGUUGACACUGCCCCUGCUGCGGCAGACGGCAGCCAAAGCCGUCCAGCACUUCUACAGUGUGAAACUGCAGGGCAAGGUGCCCAUGCACAAACUCUUCCUGGAGAUGCUGGAGGCCAAGGUGUGAUGGCCCCGCACGCAGACAGAUGGACACGAUCCACGUGGAGACCUCCACGGCCACCGGCCUCGACUUUCUCACACCUGCAACGGGGCUCUGAGCUGUCCCAGAAGAAGGGGUUUCUUGCUUCCUGGCCA